GAUUGCCUUGCCUUGAUGGCGGGUGCGGAAGAGUCGGUAGAGAGGAGCAUCCCCUAGUUACUAUCCAGUGACGCUCGAACACUCGGCAGCUAGAGGACCGCCCACUUUUUUCUUCAUCUGCUCCUCACCGAGUCCAAUACUCUCAAAGGUGCCGUCAAGCCAUCAUGGAGCUAGAUACGUUUGGCUCUGUGAGAUAUAUGGAUCGACUAGAGCUGUACAAGACCGAGAAACCAUAUGUCAGUUCCCUCGAGCCAUGGAAUGUACCAGGAGCCAAAUCCAACAACCUUUCCACAACUCCAACAGAAGUCGCCAUUCGGAACAUGAGGCCUGUUCUGCAAGACUUCUCGAUACAUUGCCAGGGGUUUCAAGCCGCCACUAUGCCAACUUCAAUGAAAGAGGCGGAUUUCUACGACAGUAACCUGGUUGAGUCUACCUAUUACGACGAAUGCGAAGUCUUUCUCAAACGCCAGUUUGGCGCGGAAAAGGUCCAAUUCUUUGACAAUACGCUUCGUCGAGUUGACAGAGAAGACUCGGAUCCAUUCAGACAACUUCAAUCUAUUCAGACUCUCACUGCUGCAGCAGAUGUUCACGUUGACCAAACCCCGGCGUCCGCGUACCGAAGGAUCAAGAAUCUAUUUGGAGAAGAAGCUGAUACGCUUCGUGAAGGGCGAUUCCAGAUCCUGAAUAUAUGGAGGCCCCUAUUCACCCCCUUAUAUGACCACCCCUUGUGUCUCUGCGAUUAUCGCUCAACCGACCCAUCGGAUUUCAUCGAAACCGACAUGCCUUCUCCACAAUGGAUCGGGGAGCUUUAUCAGGUUGCUCGGAAUCCAGCCCAUAAAUGGUGGUUCUUGCCUGGAAUGAUGGAUCAGGAGGUCCUCAUCAUCAAAUGCUUCGACUCUUUGGCGGAGGAACAAGAGGGCACGAUUGCAAAAUGUACACCACAUUGCUCGUUUGUCUGGAAAGAGACUCCGCAAGGCACGCGUCCCCGGGAAAGCCUUGAGGUUAGGGCUGUGAUUUGGUCACCGAACUAGUCCUGGGAAUGCCCUUCAGCAGCGGACAUUUGUUGUGCCAUGUUGUUUUUCACUUCACGAAGCUGACAAGGCUGAACCUACGCAGACGAUAAAGAAUGA